CGCAGCCAUAUAAACAAACGAGAAUUUUAUUUACUUCUAAAGUUUUUUGCAAUGUCCGCAUAUGACAACGUUAGGGUUGGAAAAUUGGUGCUAAAGGGCGAAAAGCCGAAAAAGUCCAAAAAACACAAACGAGACAAAGAGCACAAAGAGAAAGAUAAGGCGAAAAAACGCAAAACAGAAGUAGAUGAGGAUGCACUUCGCCAUGGAGGUUGGUGGUUGGCAAAAAGUAUACCUGAAAUCACCGGAGCAGUUGCCAUUGAGUUUGGAGAACGUGCUUAUUUAAAAGCACUUGAUAAUGGACUAUUUACGCUAGGACCGCCGCAUAAUGGCGGCGAAGGUCCAGACCCAGAAGAAGUAUUUACAGCAUUUUCAAUAAAUGAGACAAAGAUAUCCAUUAAAUCUGGAUAUGGAAAAUAUUUGAAAAUAGAAAAAGAUGGCAUGGUUACUGGGCGCUCAGAGGCGGUCGGCAGUAUGGAGCAGUGGGAGCCAAUAUUUCAAGAGGGCAAAAUGGCUUUAUUAUCUGAAACCGGUUUUUUCAUGUCAAUCGAUCCCGAAGAUGAUGCAUGCGUAGCGCUACGAAGAAAAGUGACCGAACAUGAAAUAUGUAAAAUACGCUGCAACGCACAACGUGAAGCAGAGGAGGACGAGGAACCGAAGGAAGAAAAGGGCGACUUAACAGAAGUAGAGAAAAACUAUGUAAAAAAGUUCCAGAAGUUCCAGGACAAAAAAUUGCGCAUCAACAAGAAUGAUAUUAAGGAACUAGAAGUGGCUAAAGAUCAUGGGACUUUACAUGAGGCGCUGUUAGAUCGGCGUAGUAAAAUGAAAGCAGACAGAUAUUGUAAAUAAAUCAAUAGUUCAAAAUUUCUCUUGAAUAGCAUCGUUAUUAGUUUAAAAUGUUGAAAUUAUUUCACGACUUAAUAAAUUUGAAUACUGAAAAUAA